AUGGGUCGAACAUUCACUUCAGAACCUUCAAACUGGGUCCAUGGAAAAGUGGAAGUCUCUCCAGGAAUCAGACUUCACUAUGUAGAUGUAAAACCUCUCAAUUCAAACGGUACCGGAAAAGGUAAAACGAUUGUAUUGAUACAUGGAUUCCCUUUGACAUGGUACUCAUGGAGACAUGUCAUUCAACCUUUAUCAGAAUUAGGAUUAAGAGUAUUAGCAGUUGAUUAUAGGGGUGCAGGUGAUUCUGAUAGACCAAGAUAUGGUUAUGAUAAAAUAACAAUGAGUAAAGAUAUUCAUACAUUCUACAAGAAACUUUUAGGAGAAAAUGAAAAGCCUAUCAUUUGUGGAAAAGAUAUAGGUAGUAUGGUAGCUAGUAAUUUGGCUUUACAAUUCGAGGAUGAUAUCGAAGCGUUGAUUACUUUUGAGGCUCCUAUUCCUGGAACUGAAACAUUCGAUAAAGUCACCACAGAUCCCAAAUCAACUUAUAAUUUCAUUUGGCAUUUCUUCUUUCAUUUUCAAGCUGAUUUACCUGAAAUGCUGAUCCAAGGCAAAGAAAAGGAAUAUAUCAGUCAUUUCUUCCGUCGUUUGAGUCACGAUCCCUCUUUCUUGACUGAUCAAGAUCUUGAAGUCUAUACGAAAGCUUUCGCUUCUUCAGGAGGUAUGAGAGCGGGCUUAGAUACGUAUCGAACAUUCCCACAAAAUAUAGAAGAUUUCAGAGGCUUAUUAGAGAAAAAUGGGAAAGUCAAGGUACCUACAUUGACAAUGGCAGGUUCAGAAUCAGGCAUGAAAGUGUUCAUAGAAGACCAAACUCGUGAAUAUGCCCAAGAUGUUAGUUACAAGGAGGUUCCAAAUUGCUCACAUUACAUCUUCGAGGAGAAUCCAGAUGGAUGGAUGAAAGUGGUCGAAGAGUUUUUGAAGGAUAAGAAAUUAUUGUAA